AUGGCUGCAGAUAAACAAAUCUUGCAGUUCAAUGGGGUAAUCGAUAUUGAAUUGUUCAAACUAGCACGUGCGGAUGGAUGGAACGAAUGGAGAAAAAAUGAAGCUAAAAAUUUGAACGAUAUUGUCCAUUCAAGAAUAGCGAAGUUGCAGAAUCCUAAAGAUUGUAGUAAAGCUCCAGUCCUUAUUUGCAAUCUAACUAAUCCUUAUGGCUUUGCUUCUGGCGUUCACGACGUCUUGUGGUGCUUUGUGAAAGCUUAUAAAGAGCAACGUCGAUUAGUUUUAAUAACUGCUCAUUGGCACUACGCCCCAGGGGGAUGGACUACCUUAUUUCAGCCCUUGAGUGACACUUGUUCAGAUGAGAACAUCACAGCGCCAGAUAAGAAUUCUCAAUGGCCUGGAGAUAACAACAACCGCGCAAGGUGGCUGUUGCGCACACUUCCAAAAGAUUUGGGUCCCAGAAUCCUUCGACUUCAUGAAAAUCCUCUAGCUUGGUGGUAUGGACAAUUUCUCAAGUAUCUAAUGCGACCUAACCAUCAACUUAAUAAUGCACUCAACCGUGUUUUUCAAGAUUUAAACUUUACAAAAGGCGUACUUGGUAUUCAUGUGCGUCGAACUGACAAAGUUGGUACCGAAGCAAUAGAACAUCAUUUGGUGGAGUACAUGAAGCAUGUUGAAGAACAUUUCCAAGGCACAGAACUUUUAUCGGAGCAAAGCGUUGAAAGAAGAGUUUACAUAGCAACAGACGACCCUCGAGUUAUUCAGGAAUGCAGUGCUGAAGUAGCAUCAAAACUGGAAACGAGAUACAGCAACUCUUCUCUUUGGAGUCUUGUCAUAGAUAUUUUAGCUUUAUCAAAAUCUGAUUUCAUUGUCUGCACACUAUCUUCAGGGAUCUGCCGUUUAGCAUAUGAACUCAAAGUUGCAACUGAUGAAAGCUUUGUGAUAAACCCGAACCAAAUAAUUAGCUUGGAUAUACCACAUCAUUAUGCUUGGGUAUUGCCAGCAUCUCGGAAAGCAAUGUACAACCACAAAUCAAAAUCGCCGAAGGAAAUGGCAUUCCAAAAAGGGGACAUUUUAGUCUACAAGGAUGAAUACUGCACAGUGAAUGCAGCUCUUAAAGGCAAAACUACAAACGGACUUACUUAUUACUGA